AUUUUUCUAAUUUUAUGUGAAGUACAAAUUUCUCUACAGUGAAAAGGCGAAAACAACGAACAAAUUUUGAAGUAGAAUUUAAGGCAGUCGCCAAUUUUCCUUCUUCGACUGCGGAAUUCGCCGAUAAUUUUGUUCGGAGAUAUUUGAAGGAAUUUGUUCAUCGUUUCUUCGCCCUAGAGUAGAUCAGGAUCAGAGCUUGAGAUUUGUAGUUUGUGCCCGAUCAUAAUGGCGAGGAUCAAACCUCAAGCUCUCUUACAACAGAGUAAGAAGAAGAAGGGCCCGAGUGGAGUCAGUGUUGUCACAAUUGCAAUUUACGGCAUGGUGGUUGUUGUCAUGACGUUUUUUCUUUUUGCUUCAUACAGACACUGGGCUCAAAGGUCAGCAUAUCCGACAGAGGAUACGUUCUCAAGUACAGAGCAUGAUAGUUCAUUUGGAGAUUCAAAGAAAACUGAUAUCCCCAAAUAUGCUGUAAUACAAACCUCAAAAGGCUCGGUUACUGUCGAACUCUACAAGGAAGGCUCUCCUGAAGUUGUUUACGAAUUUGUUCAGGCGUGCCAAAAUGGCCGCUUCAAAGGAAUGCUCUUCAAUCGUGUAAUAAAGAACUUUGUAAUUCAAGGAGGUGAUGUCAAUAGACCCGGAACCACUGAAGAUUGGACUUCUAGGGGAAAGCAUUACAAUCAACUCGAUAAAAGCCUUAAGCAUGAAGCAUUUAUGCUGGGCACUUCCAAGGCAAAACCUGAUGGUGAGGUAUUCGACCUUUUCAUUACAACAGCACCUAUCCCUGAUCUAAAUGAGAAAAUUAAUGUAUUCGGACGCGUUAUUAAGGGUGAAGAUGUAGUCCAGGAAAUCGAAGAAGCAGACACAGACGAGCAUUAUCGUCCUAAAACCCCCAUAGGGAUCACAGACGUCACCCUGAAAACAGAAUAAGUGAUGAAGGUCGAGUGUUUUGUUAUAGCGUAGGAUAAAAUCAUCUGAGAAUUAAAGAAGGAUCUUCUGACCGAGUCACUUUCUGUUCUUGUAGCCCCAUCACGUUAUCCCAUUAAACCCGUGAAGCUCUCGUUCCCCACCCACGACAUUCAUUCGAUCUAUUUGUAUAAACCUGUUCUGUUUAGCUUCACUUUUUAUAAUUUUGAUUCUUUUUUCCUUUGUA